UGUAGAUCAUCCGCAAGGGAAAAAACACACACAGUCCCCGCCGCCUGGUGUUUGAGGCCUUCCUUGUGCCUCUCACUUCCUGGCAUCAUCAAAUGUGAGUUUGUGUCUCAGCUGCAGCAGCUGACAUAUCGACAUCGCCACGCCACAACCUGACACACAGCCCAUGCAGGGACACGACACCAUGUGGGCAAGAGAGAGAGAGAGAGAGAGAGCGCCGAACAUACAUGCAUACAUACCAGCUGCGCCGGCACCGAAGAAGAGCUUUAUGAGAAAAGAAAGAGAAAACAGUGGGAACGGCGUUUUUGGUCGGUUUUCCGGGUCUUUUCACGCGUUUUUGCUCGCGUACAAUGCGGUGGUGUUUGGGUUUGACUUUGGUGGCCAGCCGGAUGGCGUUGAGAAACGCCGCGGAUAUGGUCGCUCCCGUACCCUGAACAGACACACACGGACUGCCUGCCUGUGCGCCUGCGUGGAAAAGAGAGCGUGCCAGGCCGACUGGCUGCAUACCUGUAUGUCGUCAUUGAAACAGAGGAUGCGAUGUCUGUACUUCUCCAGCAGUGGGAAGGCGUGAUCGUUGGUAAAGUCCUCAAACUGCACCAACGCAUUUGGCCACUUGUCCACAGCCGCCAUCAGGAACUCGUCAACAUAAACAAAGGACAUCGACCAGCGCGUCGAUCGAGACACGAAACCGUGUCUCCCUGUCUCUAUUUCAUUCCAAACCAGGGGUAAAACUCCGCAUCUGCCAGGCGGCGGUGUUUCGCGCCGAGAUAGAACUCAUCCUCACAGUGAGUUGACACGUCACAAUGUAGGCAGAAGUCAUUCUCUCUGUAUGUGAUGUGAUGUGAUGUGAUGUGAUGAUUGGCCUCACCUUGAGCAGCUCCUCGUUGUUGGUUCCCGUAUCCAAAACCACAGGCAAUGUCGUCGCCGGGUGAAACCCAGCAGCAGCCACAUACAAAGCCAGCUUCCCGACUGCACAAAAUGGUGAAGUAAAACAACAAAAGCGUCUCAUCGUCUGUGCAAAAUUGCUUACUGGGGAUGCCCAUGCCGCAUGUGCCGAGGUCGCCGAGUCCGAGGAUGCGCGAGCCGUCCGUGACGACUAUGAUGGACACCUCGUCGCGCAUGUUGGGCAUCCAGUUAUUGAGUAUCUCCCUAAUGCGGCCGCAGUGACGCUCUCCGAUGUACAUGCCUUCAGCGUUGCGGUAGUUGAGACCAAACUCCUGCAAACAGAGGGAGAAGACCAGCAUCAGGCCUGCCACGAUGUGGGAGUGUGCGUGGGGUUACGAGGCAGGCUUGUCCGACGGUGGGGGUAUAGAUGAUUGGCAGCAUUUCUUGCAGGUUGUCCAUGAUCAUCUGACAAAUGCAAUUGUGGGCCAAGUACAUGUGUUUUUCUGCCGUGGUUGUCUCAUUUGCUUACCCUGUAGAACAGCACAUCGCUACGCUCCCGGAGGGCUGAUCAGAGAAGGAACAACAUGAUCGAUGAUCAAGAGCGCUGUCUCUGACUUGUUGCUUACAGGAGAGGUAGAUGUGUUUGGCAAUGUUGUUCUUGAGGCGGCAGAACUGCUUGUAACAUCUCCUGACCUGGGUUUCGAUAUCCUCCUCCUUACCUGCACACACAAACACAAGGCUUAGCACACAAGGACAGACCCUCACUCCAUCUUUCUCCGUGAGUGUUUGCGUGCCUGGAAGGAGGCCCUCAAUCUGGAGUCGCUCUCUCUCGGUGUCGGUAAAUGCCGUGCCCUUGUUGAAGUGCCGGUUGAACAGGAUGGACGAGGGGUCACUGGAGACGUAGUGGCAGGGCCGGUGAAUGCUCAGCCGACGAGGGCUCAAGUGUUCAGCCAGCCGCUGCUCGGCCAGACGCUGGGCAUCCAUCGUAG